AUGAAGUUCCAGGGGGCCCUGGCCUGCCUCCUACUGGCCCUGUACCUGGCCGGUGGGGAGGCUGGCCCAUUGCUAAACGGAGGGGCAGGCGCUGCGGCAGAUAUUGGAGAAGCCAUUGGACGCGGGGUGGGAGAUGCCAUUAGUCACGGAAUCGACAAGGCCAUCAGCCAAGGGGCCAGAGAGGCGGCUCAUGCUCUUGGAAACACUGGGAGUGAGGCUGGCAGACAGGCUGAGAAUAUUAUUCGACAUGGAAUAGAUGGUGCGCACAGCUCCUGGCAGGGGAUGCCUGGCAGCAACGGUGCUUGGGGAACCAAUGGGCAGCCUCCAUCUGGAGGCCACGGCGUCUUUGUUUCUCAGGGUGGCCACGGAGCCCACAUCCAGGGCAAUCCUGAAGGUCUGGGGACUCCCUGGAACCAUGGAUACCCUGGAGGCCCAGGCGGCAGCUUUGGGACCAACUCUCAGGGGAGCUCCUGGGGCCAAGGAGGCAGUGGAGGGCCAUACAACCCGGGGACCAACGCUCAGGGAGCUGUGGCCCAACCCGGUUAUGGCUCAGUGAGGGGCAAUGGCAACCCAAAUGUCGAGUGCACCAACCCGCCCCCCUCUGGCUCUGGUGGAAGCUACAGCAGCUCUUGGGUAAGCUAUGGCGGUGGCAGUGGCAGUGGCAGCAGUGGCGGUGGCAGUGGCGGUGGCAGUGGCGGCGGCAGUGGCGGCAGUUCUGGGGGCAGCUGGGGAAACAAUGCUGGCUCUUCCUCGGGGAGCAGCGGAGGAGGCGGUGGAGGGAGCAAACCCGGGUGUGACAACCCAGGAAAUGAAGUCCGGGUGUCCGGAGGGUCUGGGGGUCAGGGAAUAAACAGGGAAGGUGGCCACUUCGUUGGGGGCUCCCAAGGCAAUUAUCAGGGGCAAGGGUCCAGUGGGGGAGGUGAAGCUGUCGGUGGAAUCAAUAACCUGAACUCUCAGACAUCUCCUGGGCCCUUCAACUUCGACACUUUCUGGAAGAACUUUAAAGCCAAGCUGGGUUUCAUUAACUGGGAUGCCAUAAACAAGGGUGAAGUCCCGACCCCCAGCACCCGAGCCCUCCUCUACUUCAGUCGACUCUGGGAGGAUUUCAAACACAACACCCCUUUCUUGAACUGGAAAGCAAUUAUCGAGGAUGACUACCCAUCAUCAUCACUCCAGAAGAGGGCAGGCAGUGCUGGCCAGCCUGGUGCAGAAUGGUCAGAGCCAGCAGCUGUGACUUCUAAGAACUACAAUUACAACCAGCAGGCGUAUCCUACUGCCUCCGGUGGGCAGUACCCAGCCAAGAUGCCCGCUAAGGGGGGAGUCACAGUUUCUUCCUCGGCUUCCCGGGCACGGCCUGGCCUGCUGCAGUGGGUGAAGUUCUGGUAGAAAAUUGCUCCCAGCCACACCUGAGGACCUGAAAAACAUCAGUCAUCAAGGAGCCCAACUGCUCCCCUCCCCGAGCUCUCCCUCCAUGCCAGGCCUGGUCUGGGUGUUGACACCUGCUUUUUCUAGGUUGGGGACCUGGUCUGUCUGUCCCUUGUUUCUC